AUGGCAGCAUUUUGGCACUUGCUUGUUGGACUCCCUCUUCUGCUUUGGAGUCAUCUUCUGACAUCGCCAGUCAGUGCAGAAUCCAUACAAUGCGAGGCCAGCUUCAAUGCCGGGAACACAUCCAAUGGGAUCCAAGGUGUGACUAAGCCUAGAGUCUUCAUCUUCUCCGACAUCCUCAACGAACCCGACGACUCCAUGUCACUCAUCCGCUUACUCUUGUACUCGAAUCAACUGGAUAUCCGCGGGCUUUGCGCAACUACAUCAACGUUCUUGAAAAACGAGACACACCCGGAAGACAUGACCAGAAUCCUACAAGUAUAUGGCACCGUUGUGGGUAAUCUCAACCAUCAUGUUUCGCAGACGUUCCAGUACAGCAGCUCGGAUGUCCUCUUGCCAUUGGUGUCAUCUGGGCCAAAAGUCUACGGAAUGGAAGCGCUGAACACAUCUCUCAGCGAAGGGGCGAAGCAACUAAUCGAAAAGCUCCAAGAGUCCUCGGAGCCACUUUAUGUUAGUCUCUGGGGCGGCGCAGGCACACUGGCACAAGCUCUUAAGCAGAUCGAGACCGACCAGUCUUCGGAAGAUGCUGCACGUUUGAGGUCACGGCUUCGAGUUUAUGCCAUCUCUGACCAGGAUGGCACCGGCUCGUGGAUCCAAGCACGAUGGCCCGAUAUCUUUUACAUCACCAGCAUCAAUGGAUUCAACGAGUUUGAAGGUGCAACAUGGGUCGGCAUCAACACUGAUGACAAUGGUUUUGCGAAUACUACCAAGAUCAAGAAUGCUUGGGCCGAUGAGAACAUUCGAGUCGGGCCUCUCGGGAGCAUUUAUCCUCAGAUUCUAUAUGGAAUGGAGGGCGACUCGCCCAGCUUCCUUUGGUUGAUCUCGAAUGGCCUCUCGGUUCCCGAUAUGCCUAACUUGGGAAGCUGGGGAGGCCGUUACACCAGGGUGUCUGAAGUAGAUGAUUUCAACUGGUAUGGCAACGCACCAGAUAGCGUAUCACUUCCUUCGGGAAGUCAAUACCGGAGCAGCCAAGCAACAAUCUGGCGCUGGAGAGAUGCCAUGCAAGACGAUUUCGCCGCUCGUAUGCAAUGGACACUAAACAACAGUGUGAGUGCUGUAGCGCAUCCACCUCAACUGAGCAUCAAUGGCUCGAUAGGCACCGAAGUUGUGAGAUUCGACCUUAGUCUCAAUGGAUCAAUCAUUCUCGACGCUGCUAGUACGUGUGAUGCCGACCACCCUGGAGAAACGAGCCAACUCGACUUUGAGUGGUUUGGGUACCCGCCACCUCAGGGCUUCGGCGUCCAACCUUCACUCACAAUUCUGCCACUCACGCCUCCACUCGGAACGGAUGGUAUUUACUCUUUGAAUGAGGCUGGCUUUGCAAAUGUCACACUUGGACCAAAGGUAAGCAUCUCACCGCCAACUGAGGCCGGCUCUGCGACGGAUGGGGAGGAGUGGCAUGUCGUGUUACAGGUUCGCACCAAAAAGGGGCCGUACGCGAUCCGUCGGUACAAAAGAGUUAUCAUCACAACGCGUGCAUAG